UAAUUUUGACGACUUACAAAAGUAUAUAAACACCAUGAACAAUUAAACAACGCUCAUUAAGGUUUGACUACUGUAGCAAUUUGCACUUAAUUUGUAAAAAUGUGGUCAACCAGGUCAAUCCUUUUGACAUUUGUUGUCCUAUGCAUUGUGAUGAUCAAUGGCGAUCCACUGAAGCCUAUGCCCAAAACAGCCGAACUUCCUAUUGGAGCUUAUGAUGAAGGGUGUAUGUGUGGGGCGGUUGGUCAUCACUGCGGGUCACGUGUGGCUACCGGGCAAUUACACGGCCUCUGUAGCCCUGUACUGUACGAGUGUUUGGUAGGGGAAAAGGUGGCCAGGUAUAUCGGCGAUUGCACCAUAGACGGAGUGCCUGGCAAGUGUACGGAGGGUGAUUUCGGACAGGAUAAAUGUAAUGAUCCAUGCAUGUGCGGCAGACAAAUGGGCAAACACUGCGGUUCUCGGGUGGGCACGUAUUUGUCGGGCACCUGUAAGAAAGACGGCUAUUACUAUUGCGAAUCCGGUUAUAUGGAGCCGGCUUACCACUCAAGGGACUGUCCUGAAGGCAUAUGUUUUACUGACAACGGAACUGGUAGAGAUAUAUGUCCCUAACGGUAUAACUCAUUUUUCGAGCAAAAAUUGAAAUCAAUUUCAUAAAUAUUGUCAUUUAGAUAAAAUACCGGACUUAUGAUAAAUGAUAUUGUUUAAAAGAUAUAAUUUAAUCAGGAUUACAAAAAAAUUAAAAUAUAAAUUAUAUGAUUAGUUUAAAAUUAUAAUUAAUUAGUCAAAUGUAUUACGG